AUGUUUGGCUCUGAGAGACUGCUCGGUGGCAUCACUCGACCUCAGAUAGCUGCUACGCAUGCCAGUUUGUUUGGGUAUCCAUGCAACAAUCAUCCGGCUUCCGCACUAAUGACGCCACGUUAUGGACUUCCCGAAGAUCCACUGCCUAUGCUGCUUGCAGCUGGAGGUGGAAAUGUGUUUUUCAGACGUAGGCAGUAUCUGGUAAUCGAUUCCUUAAUACACUCAUGCAUAAAAGCCCUGUGA